AUGAUUACGACUACAAAUAUUACUCAAGCAUCUACUACUCUUUCUCCUGUAAAUUCACGUUCAUUUCAAACCCCUUGCUCUUUUAAUGAAAUAUCUCGAAAAGUUCUUCGAGCCAAUUAUCCUUCACCUGCGCGAAGUAAUAAUAAUAGUUCAAUUGGGAGUAUAAAUACCAAUAAUAAUGGACCUGAUAUAGAUCAAAUAUUGGAAGUUUUAAUUUCAACAAAUCUAAAUACCAGUAAUACAUUCGACCACGAUUUAUUAGAAUUAUUAGUAUCCGGUUGUCAUGCUAUUAAUCCAGGAGAAGAACAUGUUGCUUCAAAAUUUAGUAGAAUCGUGUUUACUUUUUGUAGUAAACGUAUGGUAAACCUUAAUGGAAAUAUAAAUGGAAAUAAAACACCUUUAGAACUUUUGAUUAAUUUCUUACUUAAUGCAUUUACAAAUGCUACUCAAAAUCUUUAUACUGUUGAUAUUUUGAGAGCUUUGAUUAGACGUAUGGCAAUUAAUUGUUUAGGAAAUAUAUGUUCUCGUAGUGGAACUAAAUUACAAGGAAAAUAUAAGAACAUUUAUGAAGUUCUCUUAGGAAAUUUAUCUACCCAAGUAAUUAAUAAUGAUGAUAGUGCUUUCUUAAAGGUUAUUAGUAGUACACUUCGAUCUUUACAAUUAGUUAUUAAUGAAGAUAAAAAUGUAUUAGCUGAACCAUUUGGACCAACAAUUGAAACUAUUAAGAAAUGUGUAUUCUUUAAUAUUGAAGAAUUAAAAGAAUCAGCUCGGAAUUCAGAUCAAACAAGAACAAGAAAUAAUAUGAGAAAAAAUAGUAAUCCAACAUCACCAAAUCGAAAUAUGCAUGUUCGAACAAGAUCACUUGGUCGUAAAUGGACAAGUUCUGAUUCCGAAAUAUCAGAUGAAGAUAGUAGAAUUCGACAAAAUGCUCUUGGAUGUCUUCAAAGUAUCGCAAAAGUCUCUCUAUCGACAUCUCCUUCAUUAUUUACCUUAAUUACAUAUGAAACUAUACCAGCUAUUCGGAUUACUGCUUGUUCAGUGAUUAUGACAAUGUUUGAUAAUUCUAAACAAUAUUUAGCAUUAGCUGAUGAUAGAGAAAUCAAAUCAUCUUUCACAUCAUUAUCUGCUAAAUUAGGAGCUAUUGUAAGAGAACUUCAUGCCGAUGUCAAUGUUAGAAUAAUAACCAUGACAUUAAUAUCUAAUAUUGUGGAAUGUAAAUCAUGUGUUGAAGAAGUUGAUAAUAUUUUGAGAGUACCCAUUAUUAAUGAUGGUGGUUCAUCACAUUCCAAAAUUUCAAAGUAUGGAAAAAAUUUAGAAGUGGUUAAUCUUUUAACUUUUCUUGUGAAGAUAAUUAGUAGUGUUGAUCAACCACCAUCAAUUAGAAUUGAAUCUUGGGGUGUUCUCUGUGCAUGUGCAAGAACUCAUUUUGUAUUGAUUAGUCCAAUGUGGCUUCAAAUUAAUCCAUUAAUUGAAUUAGAUUUAAAAGUUGAAGAUGUUAAUAUUAGAACAGCAGCUAUGAAUUUCUUGGUCGAAUAUGCUAGAGAGUUAGCGGCUGUUUGUGGAAGUCGCCAAAAUGAUUCUGAAGAAGAUGGAAUUAUUCAACAAUUUCAAAAUAUUGUAAUGCCAGAAGUAUUUCAAUGGUGGACUGCAGUAUUAUCUAAUCAUAUUCAACUAACUUCUGUUGAUAAAUGUCAUGCCGUACGAGCUUUAUCUUGUGACUUUAUAUCAUGCAUUCCUGCAAAUAUAUUUUCAUCAUUACCUAGUGAAAAGAAAAAUUUCUGCAUAAAAAUUUUACUUGGAUUUGCUAAAGAUGAAAGUCAAAAUGUUAGAGCUGCUGCAUGUCGUGGUCUUGGAGUUUACAUUUUGUUCCCUGAAUUACAACAGGAUACCAAAUUUGCUUCAGAUAUGGCAUUCACAGCUAUUCAACAAAUGUCUGAUUCGAAUCUUUUGGUUAGAGUUAGAAGCAGUUGGGCUUUAGGAAAUUUAUGUGACACGAUGGUUAUAUUGAGUAAUCCCGAAAAUAAUAACGUUAGAAACACUAAUUUGAAUGAAUUUUUGAUAAAUGUCAUGUGGGUAAAAAUUGUUAAAGCUGGUUUAAGUGCUUCAAAUGAUAAUGACAAGGUUAGACCAAAUGGUGUUAGAACUUUAGGAACAGCAAACAUGUUACGAAAUCCCAACAUUCCAAUUGGAUUAAAAACCAAUAGUUGGUCAACAUUAUUAUAUGAAUCAUUAAUUCGAGUGGUUCAAACUUCAAAAAAUUUUAAAGUUAGAAUUAAUGCAUGUUUGGCAUUAGCUACUCCAAUGACUCGAGUGAAAUAUGGUGAUAUUACAAUACUUUGUAAAAUUUUACAUGCAAUAGUUUCAAGUAUAGAGAAUGUUGAUAAUUUAUCUAAUACUGGAUUUUGUGAAGUGAAAUAUCAAGAUCAACUUAGAACUCAGAGAUUUAUUGAACCAUUUAUUGAAAGGGUUAAUCAAUGGUCUGCAAAUAGAAAUGGACAUUCUAGUGUUAUGAAAAGACAAUAA